AUGGAGGACGUGCAUCACCAUGUCCCCCAAAUCUGCGAUGUGCUGUCAUUGCCGCACCUGGAAGCCACAGGCACUUACCAGAAUCACGACGAUAUCGACUCUCUCCUGAAUCAGAUCGUGGAAGAACAGUCGCACAGUGCCGUCGACUUUGAUACAGCCUCAUCACAGAUACAUGGCAAUUUCGUCAACCUACCUCUGGGGGAUUUCAAUUGGGACCCUUGGUCUUCCUGUCAGAUCGACUUCGCCGAAGGACUAGACUCCACCCAGGAUCUCGUUUCCAACGCAUCAUUCCAAUCCGACACGCGCCGUCCAGACGAGGCGGUCGUAAAGACCAAGACUUACCAACGCCUCCCGCCCCAAGCCGUGAAGGUCCUACGGGCAUGGCUCUACCAGCAUCGGGAAUAUCCCUACCCGACAGAUCGGGAGAAGGAGGAGCUAGCCGAACAAACGGGAUUAGAUAAAACGCAAAUCUCCAACUGGUUCAGCAACACGCGGAGACGGAAGCUCACCCGUCUCCCCAGCAUGGACGACCCUCCCGUGGAUGUCUCCCUGCUCUCGCCACUAGAACGAUGGCGGAACUCCCCGCCCGAAAGCGAAGCCGCCGCGACCUCGGACAUCGUGCGCGCACUGGCGGACAGCACGCCCUACUCCGGAUCCGACUGCAGCACGGCCUAUACGAACAACGCCCCAGAUGCGUGGUCCAGCAACGGCUCGAGCAACUCGUUCGUCGUGGGCGCCCCCUCCGUCAGCAGCUUCGAGCACAGCCAACACAGCCAGUCGUCCAAUUCCGAGAUCUCGUUCAGCCAGUCUCGCCGCGCCCUGCGUAGACCACCAACCCCUAUCCCAAUUAGUAUGGGCUCUCGCCGGCGCCGGCGCCCGCGGAAGUCGGCAACGACCUGGAACAGGCGGUCGGCCGCGCACGGCAAACGCGCCUACCAGUGCACCUUUUGCUCGGAUACGUUCCGCACAAAGUACGACUGGCAGCGGCACGAGAAGGCGCUCCAUAUCCCCGUGGACACGUGGUGCUGCGCACCGCAUGGUGGCAUCGUCGAGGUUGACGGCAGCAAGGUCUGUGCGUUCUGCCAGGCGACGGACGCAGACUACGCCCACCUCGAAGCUGCCCAUAACUAUCUUCUCUGUCGGGAGAAGGGACCGGAACAACGCGCGUUCCUGCGCAAGGACCAUCUCAAACAGCACCUCAAACUGACACACAACGUGGAUUACCAUGCAUCCAUGGACGCCUGGCGCUCUUCGAGAACAGACAUCGUGUCCCGGUGUGGGUUUUGUGAUGCGCGCCUGUCAACCUGGGACGAGCGCGUGGAACACCUCGCGGAUCAUUUCAAAAACGGCGUCGACAUGGAUCAAUGGAAGGGCGGACGUCGGAUGCGUUUGGGACCACCGGGAACGAAGAGGAGUCUCGGUUUCCUGAGACGCACGUCCCCAACGGACUGA